AUGGGUAUAGCCGUCGGAGCAUCGACUCUGAAUACCGAUGCAGCUCAAGCUGAGAAGCCUGAGUUGGAGAAGGUUAACUGGUGGCAUGAGCCCGGGUUGCGAAAGCUCUACUUCUGGGCUGCCGUCCUUUGCGUUGCGUCUGCGACUACUGGUUACGAUGGCAUGAUGCUCAAUACCUCUCAGAACUUGGACGCUUGGCAAAACUACUUCAAUACGCCCACUGGAUCCGAAUUGGGAUUGAUGAAUGCAAUCUAUCAGAUUGGGAGUCUCGUCAGUUUUCCCUUUGUUCCUUUCCUCGCUGAUCGAUGGGGUCGCAAGCUUCCUAUCUUUGUGGGCUGCUUGUUGAUGAUCCUCGGUGGCUUGUUAGGAACUUUCUGCAACGGAUAUGGCAUGUACGUCGCCGGUAGACUUUUGCUCGGCAUUGGAAACAGUCUGGCACAAAUGGCCUCGCCGAUUCUGUUGACAGAGAUCGCCCACCCGCAACACCGUGGAAAGGUCACUACCAUUUAUAACUGUUUAUGGAACUUGGGUGCUCUUGUUGUUGCCUGGCUAGCAUGGGGAACAAUGCAGAUCCACUCAGACUGGUCAUGGCGUGUCUUGACCCUCCUGCAGAUCUUCCCAGCGGUUAUCCAACUUGUUUUCAUUUACUGGGUCCCGGAAUCUCCUCGCUGGCUUGUUUCCAAAGAACGCUACGAGGAAGCACUGAGCACACUCGCUUACUACCACGGAAACGGCGACCAGAACAACACCACCGUUCAAUUUGAGUAUCGUGAAAUUAAGGAGACCAUUAGUCUGGAGAUGCAGUACAAGAACAACAGCAGCUACCUUGAUUUCAUGAAGACCAAGGGCAACCGAUAUCGUCUUGCGCUCCUCAUUUCGCUUGGUAUCAUCUCUCAAUAUUCUGGAAAUGCCCUUUUCAGCAACUAUAUGAGCUUGAUCUACAACAGUAUGGGUAUUACUGAUCAGAAUAAGAAGAUUCCGUUGAACGGCGGACAAACAUUGCUGAGUCUAAUUGUCAGUCUGUCAUGUGCGUUCUUUGUUGACCGGUUUGGGCGACGACUUCUAUUCUUGGUUUCAACAGUUGGCAUGGUCCUCAUGUUCCUUGCGUGGACCAUUGUUUCCUCCGUCUACGAACGAACCCAGGAUGUCAAAACCACCGGCUAUCCCCAGGUCGUCUUCGUUUGGCUCUUCUCGGUCUUCUACGCAAUCGCCUGGUCGGGUCUGCUCGUCGCCUAUGCUCUUGAGAUUCUCCCUUACCGUCUGCGUGCCAAGGGAAUCAUGAUCAUGAAUCUGACUGUACAGGCAUCUUUGGUCCUUGGAAACUACACGAACCCGAUUGCAUGGGAGAAUCUUCCUCACCACUGGAAUCUGUCGCUGAUCUACACGAUCUGGAUUUUCAUUGAGCUCCUGUUCGUUUACUUCUUCUACGUGGAAACUCGUGGUCCCACUCUGGAAGAGCUCGCAAAGAUCUUCGACGGCGAUGAUGCGGCUGUCGCGCAUGUUGAUCUACAACAAGUCGAGAAGGAGAUUCAUGUCACCGAGAAAGAGACGACUGGUUAUCGGGAGCGUGUCUAA